CUUGGCCAGCACUGAGUCCCGACCUCUCCCCCAUCGAGCAUGUCUGGGACAUGCUUGGACAGAGGUUACGUCAACGUCAACAACGUCCUGCCAAUGUCCAAGAAUUUGCUGCUGCGUUGCAACAGGAAUGGGACAAUCUGGACCAAAAUGACCAUAGACGUCUCAUUAGGAGUAUGCCACGUCGGAUCAAUGCUUGUUUGGCAAACAGAGGAGGAUUUACCCGUUACUGACCUGGUUGUGAUGCUGUGGUAACUUUGCUGUUUGACCCCGGGUAUCAUUUUACCCUUAUAAUGGUCAGUCUGUGCCUUACUUAGUCUAACGAUCAUUUGGAAUAAAUCGAUGAAUGUGAACUUCAUUUCAUUUUGUCAUUUGUUUCUUCGUCAGUUUCAUUAGGUGACUUUAAUAACACUUAAAAAUCAAAUAUCCCCUACUUUUUUUGAAUAGUAUAUAAUGUAUUGGACGUUAAAUCUGUAACAAAUAGUACUAUGGACUUUAUACAUCUUUGAGAAUGGCACUGAUUGAGAAUGAGCGAAUAUAUGAAGACUAAUUUGAUGAUUUGAUGAUAUUUAUCAUUAGUUGUCAAUGUGUGAAUAAAAAUCAGAGUGAACAUAAAUUCAUAACAUCUUUAACACGGUUAAUUGGGUCCUAAUAACAACAUGUCUCCCUUCAAACGAAAGCCGACAAGUCGACAUCUGCGCAUUCGUAGGAAGGAUAAAUAUUGGUCAGGGUCUGUAACUGCGCCGUCGUGGGAAUACCUCGAGGAAUUGAAACUUUAUGUUAUGUUAUGUUUUUCUUUUGACAGACCAAAGGAGUCCUCUAAAUCAGGAGGGUAGAAUAAUCUACGACAGAAAUUUCUUGCUACAAUUUAGUAGCAACUGUGUUUCUAAACCAAAAGGCUUACCAAAUUUACCUGACAUCGUUCUAGAUAAGCCUGCUAUAAUGUCGUCUGCAGAAAGGAUUAAAAUGGGUAAUACUGUAUUAGAGUUUUCCCCAGAUUUCGUCCUCCAAACAAGGCCUGAAUGGAAUGCACCUCAAAUUUCCAAUAAACAGAGCUAUUAUGGUGGACAAUAUCUUUAUGGAGGGCCCCCAAAUAGAGGAGGUCCACAACAGAAUAUUCAUCAUUUUGGUUAUGAGUUGAAUACUGUCACUUCUAAACCUGUCUGUAACAUGGAUCUGUCAAACACGAAAACUACCAAGGAAAUCUACAAACACGUUAACGGUAUUUUGAAUGAAUUAACUCCGGGGAAUUUCAAAACUUUAUCAAAAGAAGUUCAAGAAUUAAAUAUCGACACAGAAACAAGAUUAAAAGGUGUCACAGAUUUAAUAUUUGAAAAGGCUGUGAGUGAACCAGCGUUCAGUGUAGCCUAUGCUAACUUGUGUAGAGAUCUUAUGCAGCACGUAAAGGUUCCGUCAGAUAGCAAACCAGGUGAGAAAAUAGAUUGCCGGGUUAUUUUAUUAACUAAAUGUCAGAGAGAAUUUGAGAAAGAUAAAGAUUUAGAUUUAGAAACUGGACAGAAGAAAAUAGAUGAAGGCGACUCAGAAGAUGUGAAGAAACAAUUACAGGAAGAAAUGGAGAUUGCUGUAACAACAGCCAGGAGAAGAUCUAUAGCAAACAUCAGAUUUCUCGGAGAAUUAUUUCAAUUAACAAUGUUCACAAAGACAGCUGUUCGUGAUUGUGUAUCUAAAUUAUUACAGUCGAAAGAUGAGAUAAAUUUAGAAUGUUUAAGCAUAUUAUUAACCAUAAUAGGAAAAGAAUUGGAUACAGUAACGACCAAGUCUGAAAUAGAUCAGUACUUCCAAGAAAUACAGGAAAUCGUUACAGAAAAGAAAACAUCUUCAAGAGUACGAUUUAUGCUACAAGAUGUUAUAGAUUUACGAUCGUGUAACUGGGUGCCAAGAAGAGAAGAUAAUAAUCCUAAAACUAUCGAUCAGAUUCAUAAAGAAGAUGCGAAAGAAAGUGAACAGACAAAUUUCCUUGAAUCUCAGAAUCCCUCUCAAUGUUGAAAUAAACGGCCGUGAAGAUGAACUAUGCAUGGUUAAGAUAUAGAGCUGACAGUUCUCGCUAUAAUAGUUCAAAAAUAGACAAAGAUUUAGAAACGGAGCCGACAGUUCUUGCUAUUGAGAACGUGCCCUUAUUCUGUCUUGGGAAUGUGACGCAACCCUUGGGUUAUUUGUCACUAGUUCUCACAAUGUUACCUAAUAAUAAGAAGAGGUUGUUAAUACAUAAUGUCUUUAAUGUCUUCAAGAGAUAAUGAUGAUCAAGUACAAUAUAUAGUUAUUAUGCAGUUAUGAAAAUAUGCAAUAAUAUAAAUAUGCAAUAAUAUCAAAAUUGCAACUUGAGAACUGUAUUAGUGAAAUUAGAAAAUGGAUGUCAAAGAACUUUCUAAAAUUGAAUGAUGAUAAAACCGAAUAUUUGUUAUUAGGCUCAAGGCAUCAAUUAAGUAAAUCUGCACAAGAUAACCCCCCUGUUGUAAUUGGUAAUUGUGAUAUAUGUUCAUCUUAUUCUGCUCGUAAUAUUGGCGCUAUCUUUGAUAGUUUUAUGCUUAUGGGAGCUCAAGUAAAUAAUAUUUGUAAAUUGUGCUAUUUUAAUAUUAGAAAUAUAGGUAAAAUACGUAAAUGUGUAACUGUAGAGGCCACUAAGUCACUUGUUAAUUCUCUGGUCACUUCUCGAUUAGAUAACUUUAAUUCACUUUUAGUUGGUUUACCUUUAAAGCUUAUAGAUAAAUUACAAAAAGUACAGAAUACUGCGGCUAGACUUGUUACUUUAACUAAGAAAUGUGACCACAUAACUCCUGUUUUAUAUAAUUUACACUGGUUACCUGUUAAAUAUCGAUUUGAUUUUAAGAUUUUAUUACUUACUUUUAAAUGUUUAAAUAAUUUAGCUCCUGUUUACCUCUCAGAUCUUUUAGAACUUUAUACACCUGGCCGAACAUUACGUACGUCAGAUAAACUACUUUUAAAGCCCAAAACUGUUCAACUAGUCUCCUAUGGUCAGCGCUUUUUUAGUUAUCAAGCACCUGUUUUAUGGAAUAAUCUACCAUUUAGUUUAAGAUGUUGUACAUCUCUAUAUUCUUUUAAAAAACAACUUAAAACACAUUUAUUUAAUCAGGCUUUUAACUGACUCUGUAUACAAUCGUUAACAUGCCCAUAAUCUUGUUGUUUAUGUGUGAUUUACAUUUUCACUUUGUAAAGUGCCUCUGAACAUGUUAUAUGAAAUGGUGCACUAUAAACAUGCUGUAAUAAUAAUAAUAAUAAUAAUAAUAAUAAAUAUGACAUCAUGUGUCAGUAUAACUAAUUAUGCAAAUAAUAAUUCUAGAACGCUGAUGCGUGAUAAUUAAAAAGUUUGAGAUGAUUUCUAAUUAUUAAUGAUGGUUAUGACGUAACUAUAUUACUAGAGAUCUGAACGUGAACUCGUAAGUUAUUUGUUCCUCACAUUCGAUAUGAACACGAAAGGUUAUUUUAUCGAAUGUGAACGAUCAUUAAUACUUCGUACAAUGGUAUAAUUAUUGUAUCGAUUAUACCUAAUACGAGUAUCUAGUUUAUACAUUACUAUUUUAAAACAAAAUAUAUUUGAAAUAUCUAAACAUUAAAUCAGCAUAAUAUUUUAGUUGGACAUAAACUAACAAAUUUACAUGGAAGAUAUAUCAGCGUACUAUAUAGCUGACGAAUAAGGCUGUGCAAAAAUAUCGAUAUAAUCAAAUUCAAAUAUCGAUUAUCGGUAUAUUUACCUUCUGACGGCAAGUUAAACGGUCACUUUCACAUGACUGAACUUGCCGUAGUCUGGCAUUAGCAGACGAAUGAAUGAAUACACAACGUCAACACAACUAUUUCCCCCCUCUGCUUACAAUCUGCCACAUUUUUAUACGCCCACAUUUUCAUGUGGACGUAUUAUGCCGUCGCCCCUGUCCGUCCGUCCGUCCACAAUUGUUUGUGGACUCUCUACAGGUCACAAUUCUUAUCCGAUUUCGACGAAACUUGAAAUAUAGGUGUACCCCCAAAAGAUCUCGACUGCUUUUGAUAUUGGCAUGUAUCGGAUCGAAAUCUCAUGGAUUAUGGCCCCUGUUUGUACGAAAAAUCACGUUUUUAGCUUGUGGACCCUAUAGAGGUCACAAUUUUGAUCCGAUUUUGUUGAAACUUGGAAUGUAAGUUUAUAACCCAAAGAUCUCAGUUCCUUUCGAUAUUCGCGCAUAUCGGACAGUAACUUCCUGAAUUAUGGCCCCUGAUUGUACGAAAAAUCACGUUUUUAGCUUGUGGACCCUAUAGAAGUCAUAACUUUUAUCCGAUUUAAAAAACCGUUCUAUUAUAUCACCGUUACACCCUAAGGAUGACUGAGUUCGAAUUUCGUGAAAAUUGGCCCAAAAUUGACAGACAAAAUGGCCGCCGUUCGUUCCCAAAUGGCGUAAUUUGAAUAUGGUAUAUCAAGGUUGUGGACCCUAUAGGGGUCACAAUUUUUAUCCGAUUUUGUUGAAACUUGAAAUGUAAGUUUAUAACCCAAAGAUCUCGGUUCCUUUCGAUAUUCGUGCAUAUCGGACCGUAACUUCCUGAAUUAUGGCCCCUGAUUGUACGAAAAAUCACGUUUUUAGCUAGUGGACCCUAUAGAGGUCAUAAUUUUUACCGUAUUAUAAUGUAAUGAUUUACCUGUACUAUAGAUCUACCCAUACUAUUGAUUUACCUGUAUUAUUGAUUUACCUGAAUUAUUGAUCUAACCGUAUUAUUGAUCUAUCUGUAUUAUUGAUCUACCUGUAUUGAUCAAUUUACCUGUAUUAUUGGUCUACUCGUAUUAUUUAUCUACCCGUAAUAUUAAUCUACCUGUAUUAUUAAUCUACACCUACUAUUGAUCUACCUGUAUUAUUGAUCUACCUGUAAUAUUGACCUAUCUGUCCUAUUGAUCUACCUGUCCUAUUGAUUUAUCUGUAUUAUUGAUCUACCUGUAAUAUUGAUCUAUCUGUCCUAUUGAUCUACCUGUCCUAUUGAUUUAUCUGUAUUAUUGAUCUACCUGUAAUAUUGAUCUAUCUGUCCUAUUGAUCUACCUGUCCUAUUGAUUUAUCUGUAUUAUUGAUCUAUCUGGAUUAUUGAUCUAUCUGUACUAUUGAUUUACCUGUAUUAUUGAUCUAAUACAGGCAGAUCAAUAAGUUAUGUCUUUCGGGACUAUCAUAUGGUAUAAUUUUAUUUCAACAAUUUGCUAAAUUACAUUUUCUUCACACCAUCUCCUAUUCGACGUUUACAAUAAGUACUGAUUUUUUUCUUUAAUUCAUAUAAUAUAUACCGAUCAUCUUCUUUCUCAAAAUAAAACGAAUCAUAAAUAUG